AUGCAGGAGAGGGGUCUGCUCAAGGACACCCCUUCCAGGCAGCACAGACUAAAAGGAGAGCAGGACCGGCUGGUAUCUCACUUGGGGAAGCUCCAGAAGGAGGCAGAUGACAGAGGGAGCAGCGUGAGAUCACACCAGACUGGUUGCCCACUGUCUCUGUCCCCUCAUGCUAGGACCUGCUGUGCCACUGCCAUGGAGGAGCGGCUGCAGGAGGAGAUGCUGGCAGCCCAGCACACAGGCAGCCCCUGCCCCAUGAGGGAAGGAUUGGUGCUCAACGCACGGUACCAGGCUCUGCACCAGCUGGGCUGCGGCACCUUUGCCACCGUCUGGCUGUGCCAGGACACGAGGAGGAAGAAGCAUGUAGCUGUGAAGGUCCUGAAAAGCAGGGAAGGCUUUGCUGAGGCUGCCCAGGAUGAGGUCUCAUUUCUUCGCUGUGUGAGCAGUAUGAAGAAGAAGGAUGGGGCAGGAGAAAACAUCAUCUGUUUGUUGGAUGACUUUCGAAUGAUUGGAGAGAACGGCUUCCAUGUGUGCUUGGUGUUUGAGGCAAUGGGUCCUUCCCUGCGAUGUCUGAUGAGUAACUACACAGCCCAGGGACUGCCUUUGCCUUUUGUGAAAAAGUCUUUACAGCAGGUGCUGGCUGGGCUGCACUUCCUGCACCAGCGCUGCCGCAUCAUCCACGCCGACAUCAAACCCGAGAACCUCCUGCUGUACAGACCCCACAAAAGCCUUCUGCCCGACACGCUUCACUGCAGCCAGAGGACAGACUGGAGUCUCGAGGGACUAGGAGGGGAUAAUGGCAAUGGAUUGGCAGAAUCUGAUCUGAUGAGCAUGCAAGUGAAAAUUGCAGAUCUGGGCAGCGCCUGCUGGACAUACAAGCCUUUUUCCAAGGAGAUACAGACCCAGCCGUACCGAGCCCUGGAAGUGCUGCUGGGACUGGAUUAUGGCACUGCUGUGGAUAUCUGGAGCAUGGGCUGCCUGGCGUUUGAAAUGGCGACUGGGGAGUGUCUGUUUGAUCCUCAACCUGGGAAAUAUUUCUCCAGAGAUGAUGAUCAUGUUGCUCGUAUUAUUGAACUCCUGGGAAGAAUUCCUCCUCAAAUUGCAUUCUCCUGGAAUAAGGCAACAAAUUUUUUCAGCAGGCCAGGCGCUCUGCUGCGGCUCUCCCGGCUUUCCCCCCGCAGUCUCCACAGCAUCCUGGCUGACAGGCACCGCUGGACACCCGCCCAGGUCUCCGCCUUCACCAGCUUCCUCCUGCCCGCCCUGCGCUACGCGCCGGCCCGCCGCGCCACGGCCGCCCGCUGCCUGCAGCACGCCUGGCUCAGCGCCCCGUGA